AUGAGUGUUGCUAAUGCAGGACUGCAAAGAGUGGCCAACUGGAUCGAGCGCAAAGGUUUAAAACUAGCACCAAGCAGAACUGAAGCGGUUUUAUUAACCACCAAGAGAAAACUUUCUCAUAUUUCAUUUAAGCUUCUCGAUACAACAAUUGCUCCAAAAAAUGCAAUAAGAUACUUUGGAGUUUGGCUUGAUUCAAAGCUUACAUUCGGCGAGCAUAUAAAUCAAGUCAUACGAAAGGCGGAAAGAACUUUGACCGCACUGUGUAGGUUGAUGCCUAAUAUAAGAGGGCCACUUGCUUCUAAACGUAGAAUCCUAGCCUGUGUAGCACACUCUCAACUGUUAUAUGCCACACCAGUGUGGCACUACGCAAUAUCAAAGGGAUAUAUAAGGCAAAAACUUAACGCUAUAUACACCGUAAUGUGA